AGGCAAGAGCUUGGCCAAUCAGAGGGUGAAGCAUUAGCUGAGCCAUUCUGAGUUUGCGUAGAGUAAGGGACGUAGCUGGGAGGUCUCCACGUGUGGCUGUUGAGGAGCAGCAGCACAAUGGGGCGCAAACUUGAUCCAACACGGAAGGAGAAACGUGGCCCAGGACGCAAAGCCCGUAAACAGAAGGGGGCAGAAGUAGAGUUAGCCAAAUUCCUCCCACUUGCAAAUAAUAACGUUAAGAAAAAAUUAUCCAGUCAUGGGCGAAAGAGAGCUGCAAAGAGACGAACAGGGCCAGGAAAACUUCAAACUGAGACGAAUCUGCUUCUGGUGAAGAAGGCAGGAGCUGCUGAGCAGCCAUCACCACAGAAGAGGAAAGACCCCACAGGGUUAAAGGAAAAAGCUUUCCAUCACCACCAUCAGCCUGGCUUCAGCGAUGAUAAUUCAGGAUGGCUGACUCCUGUGACUAAGCAUGCAAAGUUUGAGGAGAAAGAUGAUGAGCAUAAGGAGCUCAGUGACAGCGAGGGGGAUGAGGACUCCUGGGAGAAUGAGGAGGACAAUGGGAGCAAUGAGGAGAUAGUAGAUGAUUAUGGUGCCUCAUCCUCUGAGGAACAGGAGCUGUUGCCCAUUGAACAAGCUGCCCGAAAGGACAAGUCUGACAGCGAGGAUGACAGUGAAGAUGAAAAGCAGGGAAGCAGACCAAGCUUGGGACAGAAGGAAGAGGAGGACACGGACCUGCAGCUCAAUGUGGAUAUAGAUGAGGAGUUCGUGUUGCCCAGCAGUGAGGAGAUUCAGAAAGAGACUGUUGGGCCACCUGAUCUGCAUGUCAUUCAUCAACGCAUCAAGGACAACAUGGAAGUGCUGAAGGACUUCCGGAACAAGCGGGAAGAGGGGCGUGCACGGCAAGAAUACCUUGUGCUCCUUCGCCGGGACCUUGUUGCUUACUACUCCUACAGUGAUUUUUUGCUUGAGAAGUUCAUGGAGAUCUUCCCCCUCCCUGAGCUGGUCAACUUCUUGGAAGCCAACGAGGUUCCUCGCCCCAUGACCAUUCGGACCAACACCCUAAAGACACGGCGACGGGACCUGGCACAGGCUUUGAUCAAUCGUGGAGUGAAUCUCGACCCCCUGGGGAAGUGGUCGAAAACUGGGCUUGUUAUCUACGACUCCUCCGUGCCCAUUGGUGCCACCCCAGAGUACCUGGCUGGACACUAUAUGCUGCAGGGAGCUUCUAGCCUCCUCCCCAUCAUGGCUUUGGCUCCUCAGGAGAAUGAGCGCAUUCUGGACAUGUGCUGUGCCCCUGGAGGCAAGACUAGCUACAUAGCUCAGCUGAUGAAGAACACGGGUGUGAUCUUGGCCAAUGACAGCAGUGCCGAGCGACUGCGCAGCGUGGUGGGGAACCUGCACCGCCUGGGCGUCACCAACACUGUUGUGAGCAACUGUGACGGGCGACAGUUCCCCAAGGUGCUGGGAGGGUUUGAUCGAGUCUUGCUUGAUGCCCCUUGCAGUGGCACAGGUGUGAUCUCAAAGGACCCUGCUGUCAAAACCAAUAAGGAUGAGAAGGAUAUCUUGCGCUGUGCUCACCUGCAGAAGGAGUUGAUCCUCAGUGCUAUUGAUUCAGUCAAUGCUGCCUCAGAGACGGGGGGCUACAUUGUGUACUGCACCUGCUCCAUCAUGGUGGAAGAGAAUGAGUGGGUAGUGGAUUACGCCCUGAAGAAACGCAAUGUUCGUCUGGUACCCACGGGCUUGGACUUUGGCCAGGAAGGAUUUAGCAGAUUCAAGGAUCGUCGCUUCCACCCAUCCCUCAAAUCUACACGGCGUUUCUACCCCCACACCCACAACAUGGAUGGGUUCUUUAUUGCCAAGCUCAAGAAAUUCUCCAAUGCCAUCCCCAAAGUGCAGAAAGAUGAGGAACCUGCCAUAGAACCUGCGAGCCAGGAGCCUGCUCCCAAGCCAACUUCAGAGCCGCAGCCUAAACGGAGAAAGCUUGAGGGAUCAAAAGUUGCUACGGGAAAGAAGAUGCAACGACCUGCCUCAAAGGGAAGCUCCUUACAGAAGCAGGGCAGAGCCUCAAAGGCUGUCCGGCCCUCCCCCCGGACACUGGGAACUCGGCCAAAUUCUAGGAAGAAGCACAAAAUGCAUCAGAGUGGACAGUGAUAAG